UCAUUGUCACCAUUGUCUUGUCACCUUCACCGUUCGUUUCGUUGAGUUAAAUUGAACACUUGUCAAUAAGUCGUGGCCGCAGAAUUGCUGAAGUGCCAAAUCCAUUUCCAUACACCUCAGACCGCUGAAAAACACGAAAAUGAGUUCAAAAUUACAGGAAUACAAGGACACAAUAGAGCGUAAUUUAGCAGACAAAAGCAAACCGUGGACCAAAUUCUUCGAAAAAGCCGAAGCAAAGACCGGUGUGAACAGGGUGUACAUAUUUCUUGGAUUGGUGGCGUUCACGGGUUUAUAUUUAGUGUUCGGAUUCGGUGCGGAAUUGAUAUGCAAUAGCAUAGGCUUCGUGUACCCGGCGUACAUGUCAAUGAGAGCGUUGGAGUCACCCGCUAAGGACGAUGAUACCAAGUGGCUGACAUACUGGGUGGUUUACGCGUGUUUCUCCGUGGUGGAGUACUUCUCCGACUUCAUUGUUGGCUGGUUCCCGCUAUACUGGUUGAUCAAGUGCAUCUUCAUAAUCUGGUGCUACCUGCCGACCGACUACAACGGCUCCCUCAUCAUCUAUCACCGCAUCAUCCGCCCUUACUACCAGAAGCACCACAACCGUAUUGACGACAUCGCCAACUCAGAUAUCCUGAAACAAUUGGUGGAUAAAGCCAACAAGCACGCGGACAAAACGUUCAAUGCAUUAAACAAACGCCUUAACGAACUCCACAAAGAUUAGGUUAGGAGUGGGUAAACAAGAAUAAAGCUGUACACCCAUAGACCACUAUCCUCACGCUUGGUAGCGGAUGCCAUUAGGAAGAAUGAAUAAAUUUUUCCAAAAUGUCAGAAGGCAAAAAGUACAAAACAUCCGCUGCACCUGCUUUUGUACCGCUUCAGAGCACUCAUUGGACGCUAAAUUAAAAAAAAAACUAUAGACCAACAAAAAAAAAUAUUUUUAUACAUCGAUGGUGUGUGAUUAUACAUUAAAGACAAUAGCAGUCUAAUGAAAUGAAAAUAUGAAAUACUAAUUACUAUCGAUAUCAAGAAAUUAUCAGUUUUAUUAUUUGUUAAAAGGUUUUGGGAAAUUGUUUUUGCGAAAUGAUCAAUGUAUUACUAUUUUUAGUACAAGAGGUGGUGGAAAAUUUUGAUGAGGUUCUUAUUAGAAGCUGAAAAUUUAUAAGACUGUAGCUCUUGCCUUAUCUGAACAAACCACACUUAGCUGAUUUAGGGAAUGAUUUUUUGAUGAUUUAUGAAUUGUAAUCUGAACAAUUUUUCUGAUAUUUUUAACGUUUUGCCUGUUAUAUUUUGUUUUGUUUUGUACAUUGAGUCAAAUUAUAAAUUUACUGUAACGCCAAGCAAAAUAAUAUGUAAUUGCGCCCAAGUCCUUCUUCCAUUUCUCAUUCACCUGAUGGAUGUCAUAUCAAUUUAUUAUGUUUAGAGAAAAAUAAAACACAAGUAGAAGCGAACAAACGUGUCAGUGUUUCUAAUAGCGUAAUAAUUAAAUAAUUAGUAAAUAAAAACUAAAUAAAUAAUUAUGCUGGUUUAAUUUAACUAAACUCUUGUAUUCAACAUUAUCAAUUUUGCUUGCCAUAGUAAUUAAUCCACAUGCUAUGAUCAGCCUAUCAAAAUUUUGCACCGGCUCUUCAACUAUUAGUUAUAAGUAUCCUUGUAUGACUGACGGUUUUAAUGAGUUUUAGGCUGAAAAUUGUAGUUUAAUUGUUUAUACUUUUGGUCUAAUAAAAACAUGUAAACUCUUCUGUACUAGGUAAGUGGCCUUAUCUUUGUAUUCUUUCUUAUUUUUAAGUUAGCGUAGCGAUGGAUUUCUUUUGUAUAUUAUUGUGUAUGUAGGAUGGAUUUGCUCAAGGAAUGUUGGUAAUGUCCGUUGAAUAGUUAAGUUUUUAGUGUUUUGUAAGACAAUUUUUUGGUAUGUUUGUAGAUUUUUAUACAUCAAUUCGAUUUGGCUGAAUUGCCUUGUCAAAAAAACCUGUAAAACUAUGAAAUUAGAAAUGAAAAAUUGUAUUUCACAUUAAUUGUCAGAAAAAAACAUAUUUUUUAUUUUUUUUAAUAUUUUAAAGCACUUUACUUUGUACAUUUAUUUAAUUUGUUUUUUUGUUCAUAAAAUGCACCAAAUCUAAUGAAUAAUCUUUAAUUAAUAUUGAUUAAAUAACCUAGUUGCACUUGAUUAUAUACCUGUCAAUUAGUUUAUAUAUUUUACUGGAAGCCUAAUACUACGUAUUAUCUACUAAUGGUCUACUACUACAGUAGCUGAACAAAUUAUCUUUCUAGUAUUCUAUGAAUAAGUACAAAAAAUAUGUCUAAAAAUUUAGUUUAAAAUUUCAAGAAUACCUGUAUUAUUAACAGUCUAUCUUAUAGCCUUAACAGCCUGGAGCUUAAACCCACCAAGCUGCUCCAAUUAUCGAGCUUAGGGCACAUUAAUAUGCUAUGUAAAGGUCCUUUGCAUUUCAGUUUGUUUCAGUAUAUUUGAUUUUAAGAUUCUAGACAGGUAUGUCAUCAAAUUGUUCAAGUAAAAUAUUUUGAAUCAUGUUUAUAUCUUGCUUGUUCCAUAUAAAUUGAAGUUAGUUUGCCUUCAAAUAUUUGGCUUGUGUACGCGAGUUGUUAUUGCUGUUUUUUUUUUUCACGUAAUAAAAGGAAUUCAUUGCUGA